UAUCACUGAAAAAUACCUUGAGCUGCGUUCGCAAACGUCUUUGAGAGCAGGUGUGGGCUGUGAUCACGGUGGCGCAGUAUGUGAAUGGAAUGGGGUCGACAGAACUACUGUAAUGGAGAUACAAACUGGGUUGACACUGAAAAGGGUGAAUUGCCAUUGAAGUGGACACGGACAGGCGAAAAAAACAGAGGGUGGAACUUGUUGAAGAGUUUAUUUAGAGUGCAUAAAUGUGAUAAGUAAACGUAAUAUGACAGGUUUCAUAAAUGAUGAUGACUGUAUUGCAAAGCACAACAUUGUAGCAAUGAGGGACGAAAAUCAGUCAAGUGCAUCUGGAUACAGAUAGGUAUAUACGCAGUGAAGUGUCUCUUCUGUCCCUUUAACUCGCGUGGCGAUGUUUGAUGCAUAUACUUUUAAGGUCACCUGUAAAUCUAACACUGGCACGUCACCGACUCACCCAAAGCCAAUGGGAAUCUUCAACGCGCUUGUAUUGGGUCCCAUAGCCCCUCCUACGCGUCUCUCAGGCCAGUGGCCAAGCUAUCACAGACCCCCACAACUCGGAGACAGGGCUCGUGGAAAAAGAUGAGCACUUUUCUUAAGAGCCCCCUUACAGCACAAGAGAGCGCUUUGGUUUAGUGGAUAGAGCUGUUCCAGGGAGGAGGCGAUAUCGCAAACAGGUUCACCAAUUUGUUGCCGGGCGCAUUAAUUAAGUGCUUCCUGGCCAUGUUUCCCAGCCCCCUGACUUCUACCCCCUUUUCUGUGAAGGAUAUUUUGAACCUCGAGCAGAACCAAGAGGAAAUGGCCUCUCUGGAGAUCUCGUCCCGGCUGGACACCGCACUCUCCUCCUCCGCCUGCAUGCUGGCGAAGUUUAAGCAGGAGCCUUACGGCGAGAUGCCACCCGGAGCCUCCCUCUUCAGCGACGACGUGCCCCCGUGCAAAGGCAGCAAAGGCUCCUCGCUGAACUUCGCCGCUGCCUUUUAUGGCAAAACUUUCUUGGAAACGGAUAUCACGAAAGACUCAAAGAUGGGCAAUUCAUUCGAAGAGAACCCCAAGAAAGAGGGCUACUCCUCUCGGAAAGAGCAGCGGGAGGAGGCGAAGGCGGAGGACGCGGAGCGGCCGCGGCAGAGGAAGAGGCGGAAACCGCGAGUGCUGUUCUCGCAGGCCCAGGUGUACGAGCUGGAGAGGCGGUUCAAACAGCAGAAAUACCUGUCCGCGCCCGAGAGGGACCACCUGGCCAACGUGCUCAAGCUCACGUCCACCCAAGUCAAGAUCUGGUUCCAGAACCGGCGGUAUAAGUGCAAACGGCAGCGCCAGGACCAGACGUUAGAGAUGGUGGGCAUCGCCCCGCCGAGGCGCAUCGCCGUCCCGGUGCUGGUGCGAGACGGCAAACCGUGUUUAGGAGACACGUCUGCCUACAGCACCUCGUACAACGUUGGCCUUAACCACUACACUUACAACACCUACCCAGCCUUCCCCAACUACCCUAGUCCGGGCUGCAACACAAACUAUACCUGCAACUACCCAGCAACGGCUAUGCCGACCCUUCAACCGUCCUCGGCCAACGGCAACUACAUGAACUUUAGUGUCGGGGAGCUGAGUAACGUCCAGACUCAGUUCCAGUCUAACAACGGAGUUUCUCCCCUGCAUGGUAUCAGAGCUUGGUGAAUGCGGGUGUAUAUAUUUUAAUUUAAUUUUUUAAAGACAAAUAACCCGGAACCUCAUAACGUGUGCGCUUCAAAGAGGUUAUUUUCUUAAAACGGGAUGCACUAAGGUGCAGGUUCUCGGUUUUAAUCUGCUAAAAGUCACAUUUUAAAUAAAACAAAAUAUGCAUUAGUGACUUAGGACUUUUUGUAAAUCGUGUCUUUUUACCCCUCUGCUUGAACUGUUUUUUAGUUUGUCACGGGAUUUCUGAGCUGAAAUACAAGAGUGGUUCUGAGAAAUGAUUUGGGUGCAGUUUUCGACUGACAGAAGUGGUAAACGGACGGCGAAAUGAGAGGAUUCACAUCGAUAUCAUCACUUUCAAAAGAUUUUUGAAAGCGUUUUCUGUCAGUUUUAAGGGAGGUGAAGUAGACAUACAUCGGAUUGUUAAAGACAAAAGCUUAAGUUCUUAUUUUCUUCCAUUGUAGGCGCUUGUAUUAUAAAGAGAUUUGUCAUCAGCCUGUCAAUGCAGUAAUUUUUAGUUUAAAUAUUGUACAGGUGGCAGGGUUUCGUGUGGUUUUUGUUGAUAAACAUUCUGAGUGCUAAGGGGAAAACCAACGUUAUGGUUAUUUAUUCAAGUCAUCCCAUAACGAUACUUUAAAGAAAUAUAGCUAAAAAAUGAAAACGAAUUUGUCAUAAAUUCAAGGGACGUUUAAGAAGUAUUUUAAUGAGAAAUUAUUUACAGCAAAAUUUCAUUUGCACUGUUCCCAUUGGUCUCGCAAAAUUUAACUAACAUUUACUGAUUUAGUACAAACAGUAUCGUUCCAGAGAACGACUCCAACGCAGAAAUGAACCGUUCUGCACGGGGAUCACAUACUGUGGUUGUUAAAAAAAUUAAAAUAUAUUGUAAAUAAAGACUGUUGUAUUAAAA